AUGACAUUAUUUGGCACUUCCAAUAUAAACAACAUUGAGAUUGUCGAACAAGGAAAGAACGCAAAGAGCUAUCACUACAUCCUCGCCAACCUGGGUUUCCUUGACAUCGACCUGACGGACCUGAGGAAAGGCGGCGCCAACAUCACUGGCUUUCAGCUUGUUAACAACUCAGAGCCGAGUGUGAGCCGCAUCGUCCAGCAGUGGAUGGAGUUUGACAACAAAGACUCCAAAGUGCCCAAAACUGGACUCAAAUACAUGGGCGCACUAACUUACGACGGGGUGAAAGUCAUGUCCACGGCCUUCCAGAAUCUAAGGAGACAGAGGAUAGACAUCUCUCGUCGCGGCAACGCCGGAGAGUGUCUCGCCAACCCACCAGCCCCUUGGGGACAGGGCAUAGACAUCCAGAGAGCCUUGCAGCAGGUUCGCAUUGAUGGAUUGACGGGUCACAUCCAGUUCAACGAGAAGGGUCGCAGGACCAACUAUACUGUUAGUGUCAUGGAACUGGCCCCAUUUGGACCCAAGAAGGAGUCUCCCUACGUGAUGCUAAAAAAGAACCACGAACAGCUUACAGGGAAUGAUAAGUAUGAAGGCUACAUUGUAGAGCUAGCUGCAGAGAUAGCCAAGCAUGUGGGUUACCAGUACAAGCUGAAGAUUGUUUCCGAUGGCAAGUAUGGAGCCCGAGAUCCUGAAACAAAGAUGUGGAAUGGCAUGGUUGGAGAACUGGUGUAUGGGAAAGCGGAUCUGGCCGUCGCUCCUCUUACUAUCACCCUUGUCCGCGAGGAGGUGAUAGACUUUUCAAAGCCCUUCAUGUCUUUGGGCAUUUCCAUCAUGAUCAAGAAGCCCACCAAGUCCAAGCCUGGAGUGUUUUCCUUUCUGGACCCGCUAGCUUACGAGAUCUGGAUGUGCAUCGUGUUCGCCUACAUCGGCGUCAGCGUCGUCCUCUUCCUCGUCAGUCGCUUCAGCCCUUACGAGUGGCACGCCGAAGACUACGAGGAGGGAGCCGAGCCUCAGACUCCCACACAGGCGGCGGCCUCCAACGGGGUGCAGCCGAGCCAGACGCCGACGCAGCAGAACGCCAACCAGCAGAGCCCAGAACAGACCAACGAGUUUGGCAUUUUCAAUUCGCUUUGGUUUUCACUGGGCGCCUUCAUGCAGCAGGGUUGUGAUAUCUCACCACGGUCUCUUUCAGGUCGUAUCGUUGGUGGCGUCUGGUGGUUCUUCACCCUUAUCAUCAUCUCGUCCUAUACUGCCAACCUGGCUGCUUUCCUGACCGUGGAGAGGAUGGUGUCUCCUAUAGAGAGCGCUGAGGACCUGGCUAAGCAGACGGAGAUCGCUUAUGGGACGCUAGACGCCGGCUCCACUAAAGAGUUCUUCAGGAGGUCAAAAAUCGCCGUGUUUGAGAAGAUGUGGUCCUACAUGAAGGCAGCCGAUCCUUCCGUGUUCGUAAAAACGACAGACGAGGGAGUGAUGAGGGUCAGGAAAUCCAAAGGCAAGUACGCCUACUUGCUGGAGUCCACGAUGAACGAGUACAUAGAGCAGAGGAAGCCAUGUGACACAAUGAAGGUGGGGGGGAACCUGGACUCUAAAGGUUACGGAAUUGCAACGCCCAAAGGCUCCCCUCUAAGAAUCCCAGUAAACCUAGCGGUGUUGAAACUCAAUGAGCAAGCCACCUUAGACAAACUGAAAAACAAAUGGUGGUACGAUAAAGGCGAGUGUGGCAGCAAGGACGCCGCAAGAAAGGACAAGACGAGUGCUCUUAGCCUCAGCAACGUGGCAGGCGUCUUCUACAUCCUGAUUGGAGGCCUGGGUCUAGCCAUGCUCGUGGCACUGGUGGAGUUCUGCUACAAAUCGCGGACCGAGUCACGCCGAAUGAAGGUGUCGACCGCGCGAGCCGCGGCAGCCACAGCCGCUCAGGCCUUUCACUGCUCAGCCUUAGAAAGUGGUGCUAGCGCCCCCUACACUGAGCUGCAGGGCUACGGCCUGUACGCCAACAACACUGUUAAGAUAUAAGGGCAGAGCACAGCCAUGGGGUAGGAAACGCUGCGAUCAAACAAUGAUGAUGAUGAUGAUGAUGCGUCUUUCUCCACCCCGUCCUGCCCAUCUAACCGUGACCACGAUAGGGCCGUUCACGGCUUCCACCGCAGUGCCAACGCUGUCCUCUACCUCUCUCUACCUCUGCCGCUGCCUUGCUCAGUCUUUGUUACCGACUUUCU